UCUCAGGGUAUGUUUCAUUUCAAACGUACAAUGUAUGGAAGCCCAUUCCCACCACCAAAAAAACAUUACAAUGUCAAUAUUAUCUCAACAUUGCAAGAUACUAACUUCAAAUUUCGAGAUACUAACUUCAAAUUUUGAGAUAGUAGAACAUAUAUAUAUAUUCCUUCAUUUGUAGCAUUAUGUGGCAAUUUUCAUCUAUCCACGUUGCAGUGAUCAGCACAGCACAAACUACUGGCCAGAUGGCAUUUGCCCCAACACUUUUGAUAAAAAAAGUAUUGACACAGUAGCGUUGAAAAUAGGGACAAAGUACUGUUGUUUAGACUGAUUUUCAUCAUGAUUUGUCAACUCAUGCACAAUUAACAGGGUGCUUCAGUCUGAUCUACUGUAGCCUACUGAUAACAACCACAGCUGCAGGUAGCCUAGAGAAGCCUAUGCACUCUUGAUUUCCUCUGGCCAGGGGAAACAAAGCGGUAAUGUUAUGUAUUUAUAGCCUAAAAUGUGCCUAUUUAUACGUGUAUGUGUUAAGAGAAAAUAUGAAUGUGAUCAAAUUUGGUGUAUAUUUAAACUUUGGCUGGCUAGGCUACCUAGACUUUAUCAAUCCCAAAUUAUUGGUUUGAAUUAAUUAAAUAUGUGAAAUUGAAUUAAACAAUAAUGUAUGUUGAUGCUAAUAUUAUGUACAAUAUUCAAUUAUGUUUGCAUAUGAUAACAAUAGCCUAAUAUAUUUCAUAUGCCAUAAACUACUGUUUUUUAACAGUUUCACUCAAUUCAUUCUAAUUAACUUAAUCAUCAUGACUCACCCCUCACAUUGGUUGCACUAAUUGCACUGUUUGUCUACAUAAUCUUGUUCAAGUAUUCAUGAUGUUAUCCUGAAGAAGGCACAGUGAUGCUGAAACGUUGGUGAUUUACCCAAUAAAUUACUGGGAGUUUAUAUAUGGAGUGUGCAAAUCUUUUUAUUUUUUAUAGUUUAUUGAAUUAAUCAACUCAAAGGUGAUGACAUACUGUGUGAUUAACCUUUACAUUACAGAUGCAAAGUCCUACACUAUGCAACCCUGCAUAAAGCAAGUUCAGUUCUAUUAUCCAAUCGCAGUUGUCUAGUAAAAAAACAAUAUGACCUGCUUCGAAAACAUCUAGUCCCAUCAUAGCCCAUAUAAAACUCUUUAACAGCUGAUUUAUUUCUAUGUCAUACCCUAGAACUAGGGUCUGAAGUUUUACCUGGUUAGGUAGCCUACCAGAUCCGGAACCACCAGUCUGGGACCUGUGGUGUCACCUCUGAAAUCACCACAUACUGUUACAAAUGAAGAAACAUUUCCUAUAAGUAUGGUCUACUAUCUCAAAAUUUCGACUUAGUAUCUACUCUUUUUUUUUUAGAUAGUAUCUUGACAUUUUUUUGAUAGUAUCGACAUAAUUUUUUUCAAUGGAGGGAUUGGGCACCCUUUGUGUACACCUUCACUACGCACAGUAGAGCUGUGCACUUCCUGUGAUUAUUUCCGUUCAUGUCUACUUAUCUAAUUUCUUUCCUAACAAUAGUAAUAGCAUGUUAUAAUAUGUUCUGACAUGCAUGCCUAGGAUUCUUACUCAAUCAAGAGACACCAAAUUACCCAAUUUUUGAAUAAAUACAUUUGCCCAAUCAAAUGUUCUGAAAUCUGCCUAAAAUGGCGCUGAGUGUGCAGUGGGAAGAUGAUGCUGCCUUGGCCCCAUCUAUAUGAGGUUGGCUGAAAAAAAUAUACAGAGCGGAACCAAAAGUACUAUUCGCUAUAGUGCAGUGGCAUCAUAUACGCGUUGUGCAUUUAUUUGGUUCUGUCAUGUUUUGCUUCCGUGUGGGAACAACGCUCUUGUGCCUUCCUUGGUUAGGAUUUACAUGUUGACAUUUCUGUGUGAAAUGGGUAAAAAUACUGAACCGUCGGUAGCUAUAUAGUUGGUAGACUUGCAGGUAAUUAGCUUACUGUGAACGUGUCUAUGUACGUUUGCGUUUGAUGGAAUGCUUUUUUAAAUGUAAUACGUUAAUUAGCUAGGUAGCUAGCUAGCUAACAAAAUGUUAACCAGGCUUGGAGUUUUUGGUUAUAUGAACAUUGUCAAAACACUUUGCACUAGUACAAAUAGGUACCUUCAAGGCUUCGCCUCGGAUAAUGAUAUAAAGAACUUUAUUAUAGAAAACACUGAGAUAGUAAGAAAGCAUAACUUGACCCCAGAAAUCCAUUUGAGACUGUUCACCCCAAAUUGUCGGUUUUGGCAUGCAAGACCAGAACUGUGGCCUUUCUCUGACCCAUUCUGGGCAAUAUACUGGCCAGGGGGACAAGCACUCGCCAGGUAUCUAUUGAGUAACCCUGGAGUGUCGCAGGGCAAGAGAGUGUUAGAUCUGGGGUGCGGCUGUGGAGCCUCUGCUAUAGCUGCCAAGUUCUGCGGUGCUUCUCAUGUAGUAGCCAAUGACAUCGACCCUGUUGCAGCCAUCGCAACCCAGCUGAACUGUGAGCUGAAUGGCCUGAACCCCCUCCCUUGUGAUACGGAGAAUGUGAUUAGUUCAGAGCCCAAGGAAUAUGACCUCAUCCUCCUGGGAGACAUGUUCUAUGAGGAGGCGUUGGCAGACAGCCUUCACAGCUGGUUAAACUGCUGCAUCCAGACCCACGGGACACAGGUCCUGAUAGGAGACCCGGGGAGGGCCCAGUUUGAAGGACACGGCAUCAGGAGGCUCCUGCGUCAGGAGGCUCAGUUUGAACUGCCUAAAGCUGUCAGAGAGGAGAACUAUGGACUGACCUGCAGCACUGUGUGGCGCUACCUGCCUGAACUCUGACAGACAUCUUUCACAAAACCAUAUUUGUAUGUGCUUUAGAGCACUCGUGACACUUGACAUAUGAUUGUGGAAUUGAUAUCAGUAAGUGCCUGGCAUUGACACAAUCAAAACUUGUCAAUCUUCUUUGCCAUGAAGUCAAAUGUAUUGUCGUUAAACAACCACCUCUUUUGACAUCUCAAACCUAACCGUAUCUCUUUUAUACAAAACAUUUACAUUACAUUUUACAUUUAAGUCAUUUAGCAGACGCUCUUAUCCAGAGCGACUUACAAGUACAUACAUUCACACCUUUUUGUACUGGCCCCCCGUGGGAAACGAACCCACAACCCUGGCGUUGCAAGCGCCAUGCUCUACCAACUGAGCUACACGGGACUAAAACCCUGCAAUAAUGCCACAGUAGUAUGGGUUGUACACAGAUCUAUGAAUUGAAAAUGACAAGUAACAAAUGUAAUACAGUACAUAUUUCAAAUGCAAUCAAUCACAUCUGCGUAAACAAUAAAGCAUGUAAACUUACACUGCAGUCAGACUGCAAUCCAAUGACCUAACAGUAGGGGGCAUCCACACUCCUUACUCUCAUUCAUGACAUGUCCUGAUUUAGCCACUACCUCCUGACCCUGAUUUGGCUCUAGAAAAAUUAUACUCCAUAUUUAUUCCUCUGGCAGAUAAACACACUCUUUUUAAAUAAUUCAGAGUCAAAUAUAGAUUAAACCCUUGGUUUUCUUUGGAAAUUAUUUGAGCUCAUUCAGAGGAGAAAUCAGCCUUGGGCCAAAGCAAGGAAAACUGACUAGUGGACUGGCAAUCCUUCAGACAAUUGAGAAACAGAUGUACUACCUCAUUUAAGAAAGCUAAAUCAAGCUACUUUUUAAGCUCUGAUUUUGGAAAACAGUAAAUGCACUGAAGCGUACAAAUUCCUCUUCAUCCCUGCCUUAUCAAGUUCUGCCUGACUGGCAUCAUAACUGAGAAGAAUGUGAUAAGUGAUGCUUUUAAUCAUAAUUUUAUCUCGGCAGGCUUUUUAUUUGAGAGAAACGGUGGUGUAGUUGACCCUGGUCAGUCAAUCAUCUGCUCUUCCCUCUGCCAGACUCGACGGUUAAUCUGUCAACUUCUAGGGAAUCUUUGUUUUCAUUUCAACAAUUUACUAUCUGUUAUGUGCUAGAUGCCUUGCUUAAGAUUGAUGUAAAAAAACAUCCUCUGGUGCUGAUAUGCUUGAUACAUUUUUGCUGCAGCUCUCUGCCUUUGAUUGCUGAAUCAUUAACCCUUAUUUUUAACCUGGUACUAUCCCAAGGGUUUGUAAGGUGGUCCAUGUAUGCCCCUUCAAAGGUUAUGACCCUUGUGACCUAAAUAAUUAUCGGCCUUCUUGCCUAGCUAAAAUAUUCGAAUCUUUGAUUAAUUCUCAGCUACCAUCUUUGCCUUUGUACUUUUCUUAUCUUUGAAAUGUAUUCUAAAUGUACAGUGCAUUUGGAAAGUAUUCAGAUUCCUUCCCUUUUUCCACAUUAUGUUACCGCCUUAUUCAAAAAUGUAUUAAAUAAAUGUUCUCACAUCAAUCUACACACAAUACCCCAUAAUGAAAAAGCGCAAACAGAUUUUUUAUUUUGCUAAAUUAAAAAAAAGUACCUUAA